AUGGCUGACAUUUGGGUACAUCCAAGGCACGGAGGUCUACAGGAGAUGAUCCUGAAAGAAAGGAAGUGGACAGCCAAAGCCAUCCAGCAGCGGCACAGUUUACAAAAGGAUGCGAAGGAGCUGAAGAUUGUGGAGGCGCCAGCACGCACAAAUGCCUCGACAGGCUCCUCCAAGCCAGCAGUUGAGACCGCUUCUUUGCUAAAGUCGCAAAACGGCUGCCUGCUGCCGACCAACGUCUCGUGCGGGCCAACAGCAUACUACACAGGCUGUGGCCGCUAUCCUCGUUGA